AUGAGAGGCGUCGCUCUAAUAAGCGGCGGCAAGGACUCCGUUUUAUCGGCGCAUUUGGCGCAAGCGUGGAACGUAGAGGUCGCAUACGCGAUUCACUGGUGCCCAAAAAACCAAGACGAGACGCGCGACUCGUACAUGUACCAGAGCGCGGGCUCGCAAGUGGCGCAGGCGAUCGUAAGCGAGUCGGCGCCGCGGCUGUUGCGGCUGAACGAGCAGAUCAAACUGCAGCUGUGCGGCGAGGGCGGCGAGUACGAGACGCUGGUGCUCGACGCGCCGCUGUACCGGAAGAAGGUGGACUAA